GCUCUGGAUGGGGAAACAGAUGUUAUGAUGGGGAACCCCCUCUCUCUUGACUAAUCAUGAGACCAAGCGCGAAGAAAGUAACCAAAUUAUUGUUAUUGUUGUGACUCGUGGACUUUGGGUGCUCUAUAUUAUUAAUUUAACGGCUAAGUAGCAAUUAGCGAUUACCAUAAUAUGUCACAGGUAAACAGUGAGGCCAGUGCCUCUGAAGAGACGGACUCGUUCAGCGGGUACCCAUUACCUUGUUGGUUCGAUGAGCGAAGCAGUCCUUCUCCGCGAAAACUUAAAUUGAAAAUGGCCUCCACGGCUGCAGUGCCAGUGGUUCAACCGAAACUUCAAAAUAGCCUAGUGGAAAUGUGUGUCCUUGUCGGUGUCGACCAGGACACAGGCUUAAAAAUUAAACAUUUUCCACAGGAUUCAGAUAUGGAUCCAUUUGAAUCUAUGGAUGAGGUAGGACCUGUCGAUACACAAGUUCUUGCAGUCAUUACAGGCCAGAGUGCAUAUUACCCACAAUCGAAGGACAAUCAGGUAGACCCAAAUUAUCCUCAUAUACCGACAACCCCACAGCGCUCACCUCACAAAAAUCUAAUACGGUCAAGCUCCCGAAGACUAAUAAGAAUGAUGUCCAGCAAGGGUCCAAUAGUUCCACAACCCAUCAACCAUGAAAUGGUGAACUCUCUUCCUCCUCUCUGCUUUCCAGAUGAAGCCUAUGUGAUAUCACAAUCGAAGCAUCGCCUUGAAGAAACAAUACAUACCCUGGUUCUCACUAGUAUGACAGGUGUUCGGUCCUAUGCCACGUGCUUAACGUUUCACGUACCUUACAGAAUACAAAAGAGUAAACAUUCUAGGGAAUCAGGCUGCUAUGAUCUGGAUCAGUGCAUUGAAACAAAUACCAGAGAGAUUGCUAUACGCUACCUGCCAAAGUGCAUUUGCCUUAUCUCACAAGCACCAUAUUUUGGAGUCAUGAAAAAAGUUUUAUCGAGCCUUUUACCUGAUCUUCAGCAACCAGAACAUGUUUUAUUGAAAUCUUUAAAACAGAUGCUGUAUUGUGUUGCUAUGGUUCCCAUUCCUCCACACGGUAACUUGUCUGUGGAAUUUUCUCUGAAUGAUAUGUCGAUAGUAGUGGCACCCCCUGAUGAUCCAGGUAAGCCUGUGGUAGACAUCGCAUUGCAUAUUCCUUUUCUGAGCUUCAAUGUAAAGGAUACCCUCCAGAUUGUAACAUUCAUCCUUAUGCAGCAGCCAAUUGUCUUUCUGGCUUCCAACUAUGCUUUAUUAACGCAUGUUAUGGAGUGUUUCAUGGUGUUCAUCUUGCCAUUUAAGUGGCCGUUCACAUACGUACCAAUUGUAUCUAGUAUGCUGCUAGAUCUUCUUGAAGCCCCUGGAUGCUUCCUAAUGGGAUGCCAUUCAGAACAUUCGCAGUCUGUGAAGCAGAUUGAAGGCAUCGUAGUUGCUGACAUUGAUCGUGGAAGUCUCCAUAUUAGUGACACUAUUGAUGUCCCACAAUUACCAGAAUAUCCUGUUUCAGUUUUCAUGGAAAAUUUUAGUAGCGUACGCCGGUAUAUGGUGGAUUUGAUGAUGGUUGGCCGUCCAGAUCCAACUACUCUGGAAUCUUCUAACAGCUUCACUGACAAGAUGAAUCGGAAGUUCCAACUUGAAAUUCAAAACCACUUCUUAGAAUUUAUGGCCAAUCUCUUCAGAGAUGUACAAGAUUUCAUUAGUCCUGAGCUUCAGUUUGUUAAGAAAGAUAGCUUUUUGGAGUCAAGACUAGAAGAAGAAAGGGACUUUUACAAAAAGGUUAUCUACAAGCAAUUGUUCAAAACUUUUCUUGAUGAUCGUCUGAACAAGAAGCAGGACUAUUACACCAGAUUUGAAAGAAACACCAGAUAUGACAGAAAAAACAGACCACCAAGCUUGCCUAACAUUAGUAUAUUUUCCGACUUCCCCAGUGGAGGUCGUAGGUUGAGGGUUCCAAGCAUAAACAGCUCACUUCCCGUGUGUUCCAUCGCUGGUAAAGAUGGUGGAGGUCGUAGAUGGAGGGCAAAAACCAUAAACAGCUUGCUUCCCGUUUGUUCCAUUGCUGGUAAAGAUGGAUAUCGGCCUUCAAGAGCUCUGACUGCCAAUGCAAUGAGGCGUAAGUCCUCUGCCACGUUCGAACAGGUUAAACAAUCGCAUACCCCUCGUACACGCCUAACCUUACCCUCAUUUGAGGGCACAUUGGAUGAAGGCUCACUCACAGCUGCAAACUUCUUCAAAACCUGUAUUGAAGAGCUAACAGAAAAAAUGAAUGUGCAGAACCAAGGCAUAAAGGCAUCUUAUUUGUAUCUACGUGGAAUGCUUCGCAUUGCAACUUCACAGUUUAUAACUGGUUUGGAUGACCUCUACAACCUGAAUACCGCAGACCUAUCUAUCAUGCCCAUUGACUUUAUGGCAAACAUAGUGGAGAACUUGUCACCAGAAGAUGCAGCAGUUGUGAAAAAGAAUCCAUUUUUUCGAAGUGAAGAAUUUUUGAAGAAGGUGGAACGGAGAAACUCAUUGAAUUAUAAAAGAUUGCUUUUCAAAGAGUUAGACCUGGAAAAUCUACCACAGAAACUAGAUUUGAAUGAAUUUAUUAAUAGAAUUCAGGUAAUGGAGAUAGCUAUUGAUAUCGACGUAAUUGAGAAACUUUUUGAAGCUCUUACAGUUGGCACUGAUGAGUUGUUGUCAGAAACUUUUUCAUUUUUCGUUGACUGUUGGAAAGAGAAUGGUAACGAAAGAGAUUCAAUAUAUCCGUAUCUGGAAGCAUUUUUAAGUCCGGAGGAAUUUCCCCUUAAAGUUUCGGGUUUGAUAAGAUCGGAUGAUGGAUCAGGUCGAUUAGUAUUAACUCAGAAAAGGUUGUUGUUCCUUAGUGAUGGCAACCAGAAAUGUAAUGAAGUAAUUUACUUGAAGAAAAUUGAACGUUUGGAGAAAUUUGACAACUUUAAAUCACUUAUCCAUGUGCCUGCUCUCCGGAUACAUAGCAAAACUGCGGACAAAAAGCCUUACACUGCAAACCUGAAAGCUGAACGGAAUAGUUGGCACACACUUGUUACUGAGAUGUGGAAAGGUAGACUUAUGUCAGAUGCUCAGAAGGAUGAUCAGGUGAUUAUGCAAGCUGCCCAGAAUGUGGUGCUGCUUGAUGCAGUCAUUCGAAGUGCAGAAAUAGAGAACGCCAUGCAUGCCAGACACAUUGAGAGUGCAGCUGGGAUUCUUUGCUAUUUUACACACAGCAACUGGUUAAAAGAAUCGCCCAAUGCUCUGAAGCAUAGGAUUAAUCCAUCGUUCGCAGAACCUAAAAGGACAACAGUCGAAGCAAUGAUCUACAUUCCUGGAAAUCGGAGUGGAGGGAAAAUAUCUGAUGAAGAUAGCAGCCCUAAGCUGUGGUGUGCAAUGGCUUCUGGUAAAGUUAAAGUCUUUGAUGCAACUACCUGGAUGUUUGAGACUGAAUUUUGUGAUGCAAAAGAUAGAGUGUGUUGCUUGUUGUCAGUUGGUGUUGAUAGUGUGUGGGCUGGCUCCUUUGACACUAACAUUUACAUCAUUGAUGUUGAUACUUACACAGCCAAUCAGAAACUUUGUGACCACAGUGAUUAUGUUUCCGAUAUGACAGUCAAUGCAGAUGAAACGUAAGUAGUACCUUAAAUUUAGACAUAUUUUUUUAGAUAGCA